AUGGCCGAUCCAGCCCCCGCAAUCGCGCAUCUUCGUACCAACUCAUGGGCAAACAACCUCAUCUCCUCAGCCGACUACACACCAAUCCAAACCGACUCACGGCGCUUAAAGCCCGCAACUGGCGAAGAUGGCUACUUCUCACAAACCCUGAAUACACCCACCACAAUCCCUCACUGCUUAACCUUGCAACGGCGCAACCUCACACCCGCGCUCGCGGAAGUCCCCACCUGGCUCCCCGCAACAAAACAAGAUGCCGCAUCCGCCGCAAAGCCCACCCCAGGCAUAAACCCAGCGGACAUAAUUAUGAUCUGUGAUCUCAGCAGCCCUGGCCUGUCGGGCCAUCCGUCCACUGCCCAUGGUGGCAUUGUCGCGACGCUGAUUGACGAAACCAUGUCCCUCGCUGUCGCGGCGCAUACCAAUGCGCCAACUGCGCUCGGUUUCGAGGAGGAUAACCCGCGCGGCAGCAUCUUUACCGUGCAGCUGGAUGUGAGGUAUAAGAAGCGAGUAGCUACACCUGCCUUGCUAGUUAUUAAGGCGCGAGUCGUUGGGAGGGUAGGGAAGAAAUUCUGGGUACGGGCGCAGGCCUUGCAGGAAGAUGACGAGAGUGCUGGGGGACAUUUGGAGUGGACUAAGCGGAAGAUUGUCAAGGCUGAUGCUAUGGCAUUCUGGCUUGUGACGUCUGAUUCGAAGCUGUGA